AUGUUAUUUAGUUGUUCCCAAGUAUUCGGUUGGUACGACCCAGCUAUGCUUAUCAUUGCUGCCAGUUUCUACCAUCUACCUACAGUCAACUUGUCCCAGGCAAAGUACGCAGAUUUCACAGAUCUAACUGAACAAAUCUACUAUCCGGAGGAUUUCCACAACGCGAAAAUCAACAAUCAAUCAAUAUCCUGGACGUCAGGGAACUUAAGUGCAGUUCCAGGGAAGGAUCUUAGUCUGGAUUUGUGGGAGAACUUUGUCAGUAAUAUGGGAUACCCGGAUGUAGCAGAUUAUGAUGAAAACUCAAUCAGUUUCUUUAAACCUCAGGAGGGUAUUGAUUGCUACCCUGCUCCUGGGCCCUUCCUACCCUGUAAUGAUCUGUUUGACUGGUGGUCCCUACGAUGUGGAGUGUGGAUUGUGUUUCUAUUGGCCCUCCUAGGAAACGGAUGUGUCGUCUUUGUACUCGUGCUCAGUAGAUCCAAGAUGGAUGUCCCCAGAUUUUUGGUAGCAAAUUUGGCCGCAGCGGACUUCUGUAUGGGGUUGUAUCUUGGGUUUCUGGCUGUGCUUGAUGCAUCUACUCUUGGUGAAUUCAGAAAAUACGCAAUACAAUGGCAGCUGUCAUCAGCAUGUCAAGUUGCAGGCUUUUUCGGAGUUCUUAGCUCAGAACUUAGUGUUUUCACAUUAGCUGUCAUCACCCUUGAGCGAAACUACGCCAUCACCCACGCUAUGCAUCUUAAUAAGCGCCUGAGUUUAAAACAUGCCGCGUAUAUCAUGGUUGGAGCCUGGAGUUUCUCCAUCCUCCUCGCAUCCCUCCCACUCAUUGGAGUAUCCGACUAUAGAAAAUUUGCGAUUUGUCUUCCGUUCGAGACAGAGGGAGCUCUCAGUCUAGGUUACGUCAUCUUUCUUCUGCUGAUUAACGGCGUGGCUUUCUCAAUUCUUAUGGGCUGCUACCUCAAGAUGUACUGCGCAAUCAGGGGGUCACAGUGUAACCCUUUCCUCUACGCGAUCCUGACCAAACAGUUUAAGAAGGAUUGCGUCAUGAUCUGCAAAGCGAUCGAAGAAUCGCGCGUGACACGUGGGAUCGGGCGCUGUCGUCACAGCAGUAAUUUUAGUAACAGACAGACCCCGGCCAAUACGGACAGUUUGAACAGCGGUUCCGGAAGCGGAAAUCACUCCAAGAAUUCUCAACACUGCAGCUGCACAACCAAAAAAGUGAAUAAGUUGACCCCUCGCUGGCCGCUGAACAAACUAAAAUCUCUGCUCUGCGGAAUAAAAGAAUCUCCAGAAUUGAACUCCCAGAAUGAGUGGAACUAUCAGAUUGCAGAGAUACAAGAAAAACAAAACAAGACGAAAAGGAACACCAGUGUUUCAAGCGAGAACUUUAGCAGCAGUCGAUCAGGGUCAUGGAAGCAGGGUCAUUGUGUUCCUCUCAGGUUCCUGGAGAGACCUCGACGCCGUAACUCCUGGACCGUGACCCGGAAGCCGAGCCAGGACUCCAACCUGUCCUCCAGCAGGAACGACAGUGCCGGCAGCAACUCGACCCAGUCGACCAAUACAUGGAGAAUGUCGAGAUCAAGUGUGUCGAGCGAUAUCGGAAAUUCUCUCGGUAGAGCAGGGUCAGGAUACAGCGACAGAUCAGGUCAUGUAAAUGGUUUAUAUGGAGGUCAAGAUUUUGGAAAUAUUCUUAGUCAAAGUCGAGGACAAGAUCUUGGUCAAGCUCGAGAUAAAAAUCUUGGCCAAUAUCUUGCUUAUGGUCAGGGUAUCUGA